UGUUUCUUCCCCCUUGUGUGUAUUGCUGUGGCCUCAUGCCAUUCGUCAACCGCACGUACCUACCAAAAGCCUUGCCGUACACAGAAACAGCCACUGAACGCAUCUUUUAUAACCAUCGCCGUUUCCUCUGUUAACAACAGCCGCAUUUUCUUUUCUUCACUUUCUCUCUCAACAAAGGCCAUAAACCCCUUCAAUUAUAUUCUUCCAAAUGGUCUCCAAAAACCCAAACCCCUCAGAGGGCUUCUACUUGGAUUCCCCCGGCAUGGCGCUUCCUGGCCUUGGUCCCUUCGCCUCCGUCACCACCGCCGCUGCCGCAGCUACCACGUCUGCUUCCACCGCUAAUUCAUCGGAUGACCCUUCGAAGAAGAUCCGGAAACCGUACACUAUAACCAAGUCCAGAGAGAGCUGGAGCGAACCCGAGCACGACAAAUUCCUUGAAGCCCUCCAACUUUUUGAUCGUGACUGGAAAAAGAUUGAAGCAUUUGUUGGAUCAAAGACAGUUAUACAGAUACGCAGCCAUGCACAGAAGUAUUUUCUAAAAGUGCAGAAGAGUGGAGCAAAUGAACAUCUGCCUCCACCCAGGCCAAAAAGAAAAGCUGCUCAUCCAUAUCCUCAGAAGGCUUCCAAAAAUGCUUUGAUACCCUCUCAAAUGUCAGGAUCCUUUCAAUCUUCAUCUCCUCUGGUUGAACCUGGAUAUGUAAUAAAGCCUGAUUCCUCAACAAUGAUCAAAACUCCAGUUACUAAUGCUGCAGUGUCUUCUUGGUCAAACAGCACUUUGCAGACGACCAAUUUACUGCAUGGGCCCAGAAUGAAUAAUAGUUGCAGUAGCGGUGAAAGCACUCAGAGAGCACGGCCAAUUGGUGCAUCCACUGGUCAAGGGAAUAAUAGCCAUCCGUUGAGAGUUCUGCCAGACUUUGGCCAAGUUUACAAGUUCAUUGGCAGUGUAUUUGACCCAAAAGCCAGUGAGCAUCUGCAGAAACUAAAAAAGAUGGAUCCUAUAGAUGUUGAGACGGUACUACUGUUGAUGAGAAACCUGUCUAUCAAUUUAGCAAGCCCAGAUUUUGAGGAUCAUAUUCAAUUGAAUGACUGGAUUGGGCCUUAAAGAAGUUCUGUCUUCCUCAUAUGGGAGAAGGUUGCUGUCUUCUUAUGAGGUAGAACCAGGGGCCAUCUAGCUAUCUCAAUGCAGAAGGACCCGUAUGCAACAAGCAGUUGAAUAGUGUCAAAAUUCAAUGUGAGGUGGUGAAGUCAGGAAAUGUCAUCCUUUUUUCUGCUAUGAUAUGCAGUGGCAACGUUGUCCAUGAAUAGCGCUGGAUGAGCUAAAGUAUGCCGGGAAAGGGCAACAAGCUGAGAGGUUUCUGCUUCAGUCGAUUAUGAUACCGUUCUAUGCGUAAUAGCUGCUGUUACUCAGCCAAGCAAGGCCUUUAUUCUCUAUUCAUUUUCGUGCCAUACUGUAUAUAAUAAAAAUAUAACACCACAUAAGUACAAUAAUGUUGCGAGAAUGUAUAGCUUACAUAGUUUUGUGUCGGUCUGUACAGUUCCAGAGCUCUACAUUUUUUUUCCCCUGGACCAGUACAGUACCGAUUCUGUCUGAGUUUUGACCAAACUUCAAAAUACCUGUAUGUGAGACAAGUUCUGUAGUAAACUUAAACUAAUGUUCUGAGUGCAGAUUUUUGGGCGCUGCAUGUGAUGGUAGUUGAAACUCCAGGUUCAUAUGGGAAGUUCAUACUCAUUUAUUUUCUGUGGUA